AUGAAACUCAUUGCUAUCCUCUUCUGUCUUCCACUCAUUCACACUCUUCCAACAGUACCUCCAUUCAAUCCAUGGAAUCUGGUCCAGAGUGAAGAAGUCGAGCAAGUCAUUGACCCCGACUACAAUAUUCCAGAGGUACAGGAUGCUCCAGAGAUUCCAUUUGAAGAGAGGGACUCACCAACUCAUGCAUAUUCUGUGGAUAUCGCCUACCACACAACUAUGAGUGAUAUGGAAUGUUUGAGAGCAAAAGGAUACAGAUCAGUGUUUGUAAGAGCAUUGAAUCCUAUCGGAAACACUUAUUUUGAUAUAGAAGUCCUCAACACUAUCAAUAAUGCUUAUAAUGCUGGCCUCGGAUCUGAAGUCUACAUCACUCCUAAUAUCAACUCUAGCAGAUCUGGCGCAGAACAAAUCAAUAUUGUCUAUCAGAAUCUGCGAGACAAUGGAAUCAAUGUUCGUUCGAUCUGGAUUCAAGUGUCAUCUCCCAGCAAUUGGAACGCCCCGAUAUCUCAGAGAAUUCAAUUUAUUCAGGAUAUGAUUGGACAGGCAAAGAAUCUCGGCCUCUCCGUCGGAAUCUACACCUCUUUCUAUGACUGGUUGGAAAUCACCGGUGGCUGGAACACCUUCUCUUCCGACGUUUUUCUCUGGUAUUGGCAUGUCCUCGGAGUCGGAGCUGACGGUGAAACUAUCCCAACUCUCGAAGACUUCCGGCCAUUUGGUCCAUGGAAACAAGCAACUGUCAAACAAUUUGCUCAAGUUGAGAAAGUUUGCGGGAUGAUUGUCAAUCGAAAUGUUUAUGCGACAAGGAAUCAAGAAGUCUCUCAAGUUGUUCAUUAUUCUGCUGGAAAUGGUAACGAGCACAAAGAGAAGGAACAGAUUCGUGUUGGUGGUAUUGGUUUCUAA